GGAUAAGUUACAGAUUCAGAACCCAGACCAAAGAAGAAUGAGAUACAAUGCAGAGGAACAAGUGCAUAAUCCUAGUUACAUUACCCUCAAUCAUUAUCUUUCUCUUGCUAUUCAUCAUAUUCUUCAAUGUUCAAGUUUUAAAGCCUCCACCACCAAAUGCUUCCUUCAAAUUACCCACCAUAAACCCUAAUCAAACCCAAUUCAGCCUCAUGAUAGGGAUCCUAACCCGCGCCGACAACUACGACCACCGCCACUUCCUCCGCCUCGUCUACGGCGUCCAGUCUUCUCCCCUUGCCACUAUCCACGUCAAGUUCGUCUUCUGCAGCCUCACAAAACCCGAGCAGCGCGCCCUAAUUGCCCUUGAAAUGCUUCGCUUCGAUGAUAUCCUCAUUCUCAACUGCACUGAGAACAUGAACAACGGCAAAACCUACACUUACUUCUCCUCCCUCCCCCGCCUCCUCCCGCGCAAAUACGACUACAUCAUGAAGGCAGACGACGACGUUUUCAUUCGCUUCGAGCCACUAGCAUUGUCGCUCAAGGCACUGCCUAGGGUGGAUUUGUACUACGGAUUUGUUAUCCCUUGUGCUAGCAUGGAUCCCUUUGUGGAGUAUAUGUCCGGGAUGGGGUUUUUGUUGUCGUGGGAUUUGGUGAAGUGGAUUGGAAGCUCUGAAAUUCCUAAAGAAACUGUGGUUGGUCCCGAGGAUAAGUUGGUGGGAAAAUGGUUUAAGAUGGGGAACAAGGCGAAGAAUAGGUUUAGUAAUAAGCCGGCGAUGUAUGAUUAUCCGGGAACAAAUGGGAGGUGCUCGCAUGAGCUUAUACCGGAGACGGUGGCUGUUCAUAGGCUCAAGAGGUGGGAUCAAUGGUUGCGUGUGCUUGAAUAUUUCAAUGUAACCAAGGGCUUAAAGUUCUAG